CGCAGAGCCCGUCCCCCCCCAGCAGCUCGGUGGCGUACAGCCUGCUGAGCGCCAGCUCGGAGCAGGACCACCCGUCCACCAGCGGGUGCAGCAGCGAGCAGUCGGCCCGGCUGCAGACGCAGAAGGAGCUGAGCCGUGCCCUGAAGGAGCUGAAGAUCCGCGUGCCCCUGGAGCGCUGGGGCAAGGGCUGCUCCAGCACGCUGGCCGCCCUCAAAUACGCGCUCAACUGCGUCAAGCAAGUGCGAGCAAACCAGGAGUACUAUCACCAGUGGAAUGUGGAGGACAGCCACGGAUGCAGUCUGGACCUCUCCACCUUCACCUUCGAGGAACUGGACAACAUCACCUCAGAGUACACCCUCAAAAACACUGACACCUUCUCCAUGGCGGUGUCCUUCCUGUCGGGGAAGGUGGUGUACAUCUCGCCGCACGGCUCCUCCCUGCUGCGCGGCAAGCUGGAGCUCCUCCAGGGGGCGCUGUUCUCCGAGCUGCUGGCCCCGCAGGACGUCAGCACCUUCUACAGCGGAACCGCGCCCUGUCGGCUGCCCCACUGGCCCACCUGCAUGGGCUCAGCUGCGUCCCCCAUGGACUGCGCCGAGGAGAAGUCCAUGUUCUGCCGGAUCAGCGGGGGGGGGCGGGAGUUCGAGGGGGGGGCGCGCUACUACCCGUUCCGCCUGACGCCCUACCAGCUGACGCUGCGCGACUCGGACGCCUGCGACCCCCAGCCUUGCUGCCUGCUCAUCGCCGAGAGGGUGCACUCCGGAUACGAGGCUCCCCGUAUUCCCCCUGAUAAGAGGGUCUUCACCACCAGCCACACUCCGAGCUGUCUGUUCCAGGAGGUGGACGAGAGGGCGGUGCCGUUGUUGGGGUACCUUCCCCAGGAUCUUGUGGGGGCGCCUGUGCUGUUGUACCUGCACCCCGACGACAGGCCUGUCAUGGUGGCCAUCCACAAGAAGAUCCUCCAGUUCGCCGGGCAGCCCUUCGACCACUCCCCCUUGCGCCUGUGCGCGCGGAGCGGGGAGUACCUCACCAUCGACACCAGCUGGUCCUCCUUCGUCAACCCCUGGAGCCGCAAGGUGGCCUUCAUCGUGGGCCGGCACAAAGUGCGAACGAGCCCGCUGAACGAGGACGUGUUCACCCCCCCCCGGGGGGGGGAGGAGGGCCGGGCCGUGGUGCCGGAGGUCCAGCAGCUGAGCGAGCAGAUCCACCGGCUCCUGCUGCAGCCCAGCCACUGCGCCACCGGGGGCGCUCACGAGUACCCCGGCAACGGCUCGUCCAGCGACAGCGCCGUGGCCGUCGAGGACCCCGCCCGCCCGCACAGACCCAUGACCUUCCAGCAGAUGUGUAAGGACGUGCACGUGGUGAAGUCCAACGGGCAGCAGGUCUUCAUCGACUCCCGCAGCCGGCCCCCCCAUCGUAAACACCCCAGCGCUGGAGCAGAGGGAACCCUGAAAGUCGCAGACACGUCCAAACCAACGGGGGACGUGACCAAACAGGCGCCGGCUCUCCAAAACACUGUCACCCCCCCUGCGCCGCCCGUUAGGAAGGACAGCACCACCCCCUACUCGUACCAACAGAUCAACUGCCUGGACAGCAUCAUACGUUACCUGGAGAGCUGCAACGUACCCAACACGGUUAAGAGGAAGUGUGCGUCCUCCUCAGGGGCGGCGUCCUCCACUUCUGAUGAUGACAAGCAGAAGGAGUCAGGAACCCCAAAAGGUAAUUAAGUGCGCAGAGCCCUGGUGCGACCCGCCCUGCCCCCCCUGGCUCUGCACCCGAAGGCAGAGAGCGUGAUGUCCGUCACGUCCCAGUGCAGCUUCAGCAGCACCAUCGUACACGUCGGAGACAAGAAGCCCCCCGAGUCAGACAUCGUGAUGGAGGACGCCCCGCCCACCCCCACCCCCACGCCCGCCCUCCCCUCCACCCUCGCCCCGCCCACGGCGGCCCCUCCCCCUUCGGCAUCCCCGGCCCCCGCGGCCCCCGCGGCCCCGGAGCGGGACGGGAGGAGGGGGUGCGCGGGGUGCGUGGGGCUGACGAAGGAGGUGCUGCUGGCUCACACGCAGCAGGAGGAGGUGGCCUUCCUGGGCCGCUUCCAGGACCUGAGCCGCCUCCGCGUGCUGGACCCCGCCCCCGGCCCCGCCCCCUACGCCGGCAACGCCGCGCAGCGCGGCCACACCGCCACGGCCUUCAUCAGAGGAGUGCGGAGCUCCCGGGACUACCCCACCGUGGGCAGUAGUGGGCGCCGAAGAGGCAGAGGAGGCAAGAGACUGAAGCACCAGGAGACCUCCGAUCAGGGCAGCUCCUUGGGGGCUGGGGCCGCGUUUCUGGGACCCCUGGGGGGUACGGCAGGCAGGGCGGAGGGACCUCUGGCCGCCUCUGUCCCACCACACCCCCAGAUGUCCAUGGGACCACAGACUUCCUCCUCCUCUUGGCCCAACUCCGUGGGGUCCCAGGCCAGCCUCCCCUCUGUCCCGUACCACCCCGGCGUCCUGCCCCUCUACCCCCUCUACCCCCCUCUGGCCCCGCCCAUGCCCCAUCCCGCUGCGGACGUCCCGAAUCCAGACCCCUCCCUGCGCUACCCGCUGCCCCCCGCCCACCUGGCUCCGCCCCUGGGGCCCCCCAUGGUGGCGUUCGUCCUGCCGAAUUACAUUUUCCCCCAACCCAGCCCUCCGGUCCCGCAACCCAACCCUCCGAUUCCUCAACCCAACCUUCAGAUUCCGCAACCCAACCCCCAGAUUCCCCAACCCAGCUUCCCCGUUUCUUCUGUCCCGCAGAAUUUUUACAACCCCGACCACAUGUUCCCCUUCCCCCGUCCCGCGGCGGUGGCCCCCGCCCCUCUGCUGCCCCCCGGCGCGCCCAGCGCGACCCCUCGCGCCCCGUCCCGCUCCAGCACCCCCCAGUCCUGCGGCCAGGCGCCCCCGGAGAGGGACGGGACGGCGUCUCCCCUCUUCCAGUCCCGAUGCUCCUCCCCCCUCAACCUGCUGCAGCUGGAGGAGUCGCCUAGCAACCGGCUGGAGGUUGCGUCAGCCCUGGUUGCCACCCAACAGGCUGCGCCUCCUCUGAACGGGGCCGCGCAGGAUUGGACGGCUGAACGGGGAGGCGUCGCCGGAGGGAAGGCCUCGGCGAACCGGAGCGACGCAGUCGGCGACGGGAAAGAAAACGAGCCUACGGAAGCCAAUGAGUCGUCCAACCAGGACGCCAUGUCCACCUCCAGCGACCUUCUGGACCUGCUGCUCCAGGAGGACUCCCGCUCAGGCACCGGCUCGGCCGCCUCAGCCUCGGGGUCCUCGGGGUCCGGCUCCAAUGGCUGCAGCAUGACGGAGAGCGGCACCAGGAGCAGCCAGAGCAGCCACACCAGCAAGUACUUCGGCAGCAUCGACUCCUCCGAGAACGAUCACUCCCGGAAGCAGGCAGCAGGGGGCGCCGGCGAGGAGCAGUUCAUCAAGUGCGUGCUGCAGGACCCCAUCUGGCUGCUGAUGGCCAACGCCGACGAGAAAGUGAUGAUGACCUACCAGCUGCCCGUCAGGGACCGGGAGCAGGUGCUGUGGGAGGACCGCAGGGCUCUCCGGUCCAUGCAGAAGCAGCAGCCGCGCUUCACUGAGCAGCAGAAGAGGGAGCUGAGCCAGGUGCACCCCUGGAUCCGCACGGGACGCCUGCCCCAGGCCAUCGACAUACAGGUGUGCGUGGGGUGCGGGUCUGCGCCCAGCGUUCCGGAGGCCACACCUUUCGACGUGCAGAUCCACGACAUGGAGCUGGGCGGAGCUAUAGAGCCGCCCCUUCCGGAGAGCGCGCGGGGGAAGGCCCUCGACGGCUCCGCCCCCGCCCCCGCCUCGGCCCCCGCCCCGCCCGAAUCCGCCAUGGAAGAGGAGGAGGAGGGAGGCGGAGCCCCGCCCGAAACCAGCGACCAGGAAAUGAGGGCAGAGGAACAGGAAGUGACCUCACGGUCGAAUCUGGCGACUGGAUUGGCCGUCUGACGCGGGACCCGGUGAUGCGUGACGCUAAUAAUCCCUCGCGUGGCGCACCAGUGCGCGAGGUCGGGGGGCGGAGUUCAGUUUAAAUUUGGCGACGGGGGGGGUCACCCCCCUACAGGUCCCGUCAGCCGCCGCUCCAGUCAGGGCGUGGCCAGCGGGAGCCGGUCCUGGUUUUCUGGGCCGCCGGUCGGACCGCGGUCGAGCGUACGGCAGCUCGUUAGCGCGCGGCUCGCUGCGUUACGUGCGCUUUGCCCGGUCAGUGCCUCAGGGCCAGGGUCAGUGUGUCAGUUACCGUCGGUUUGCACUGUCAGUGUGUCGGUGCCCGUCUGUGAGCUUCGAGAGGAAAAUCUCCUUGGAGAUGCCUUUCGGGGUACAGUUGUUUUUUUUUUUAGGGGAGGAAAAGAACUGUAGUGUAAAUAACUGAGUAAAAAUAUUAACACGUCCGUAACUGGCAGAAAAUAAAGCCAAGGUGAAGGCGAGAGAAUGUGACUUCUGAUUGGCUGAAGAUACAGGAAGUAGGGAGGACGGGGGAGGAGUUUGUGGUCACAAGCCACCUGAUUGUGGCGGUGCGUUCCUGCCUGGCCUUAAUACUGUCAGGCUCAUGCAAAGCACCUUCAUUUCCAGACCACAGCGAUGAGAUGACCGCUGUUCUCAGCCGUACUGGAAGCAGACGCGUAGUAAAGUGUGAAGCAGACGCGUAGUGAAGUGUGAAGCAGACGCGUAGUAAAGUGUGAAGCAGACGCGUAGUAAAGUGUGAAUGUGCUUUACUGAGCUGAAAGAGGUCGUUUUGAGUGACGGCUCAGUUUGGUUGUGCAGCGGCACGAUGGCAUAUUCCUGUCAGAACGCGUCGUCUGAAAGACUGUAUAAAUCUGCUUUGCUUUUGUGAUAUUUUUGUUUAUUUAAUGCAAAGUAUAAAUAACGUGACAGAAACGUCAGGCCUUCAUGCUGAUUUGUACAUUUGAAUGUUUCUGAAGAUUUUGCUUUGUUUUUCGGUGUUCAUCCACAAAGACAGAAGCUUGUUUAUUUUUUUUAACACAGUGUGUUUAUUUUUGUACUUCAUUGUAAAUGAUGUAUUUCUAACUAUUUGUGCAAGUGUAUAUGUGUGUAUUAAAUAUCAAAUAUCCAAGCAUGGAUUGUGACUGAUGUCAGUUUGAGUUUGAAUUCCCUCUUGCAUUCACGGAAUGGAAAUUGUGUCCCCAUGGUAACGGAACCUUUGGCUCUGUUAGUGCUAUGGGGUGCAUGCAGCUGUUUGUGUAUGGGGUGCAUCCGCAGUGGCUUCGACCGAAACGGUGUUUUCCAGGCAUCGGACUGCUUGGGUCCACAUUUUCGAUGCGGUUGUUGGACACGGUUGCGCUGCCAUUGGCUGAACGACCAGGAACUGAAUGACCUUGUCAGAAGUCUGUCGCCGCUAUUGGUCGAGAGCAGCGCUGUCGAGCACUGUCAGUGGUGAGGGACAAACCUUUUGACUUCAGUCUUACGUCGGAAUGCUCAGCGCUUGGGAAUUCUUAUUGGUGGGCUUGUUUCCAUGGGACCCAGGACAAGGUUCAGCAUCAUGUGGACAAUAUAUGGACAAGUGGAAUGAGUCAAUCUCUCUCUCGCUCUCUCUUUCUGUACAAAUCACUUUGUUUUGGUUAUGUGCUAUUGCAUCACUGGUCUUCAGUGUGUUGGUAUUAUAUUUGUGAAAAUACUUUUUGUUAAUAAAAUAAUGAAAUGGUGAUUAAA